AUGGCGCCACCCAAGGUGCUCCUCUUCGGCGGUUCCGGCCAAACCGGCCGGUACGUCGCCAAGUUCGCGCUUGAAGCCGACCAUGACGUCAUCGCGUUCGUCCGCAACCCCGACAAGCUCCGCUCAGUCCUGGCCGAGGUCGGAGUCUCUCCCGCGCUCAUGCAGGACAAAUUGAAGGUUCUCGAAGGCGACCUCACGGACCUGAACGCGGUGCGGAGCGCCGUGCGCGACAGCGGUCUGUCACACGCCAACGGCGACGUCAUCAUCGAAUGCGCGGGUAAGCCAAAAGCCUUCCAGAUCCUCGCGGGUAAACCGAUGCUGCUCCCCGCGGUGCGAGCCAUCGCCGAGACGAUGCGCGAGAUUGGCCUGAAGCGAAUUCUUAUUCAAACCGGUGCAAUGAGCGUGGACCCCAGGCUGGACGGAGAUCCAUCUUACCCUUUCAAGACCUUCAUGGUCACGUUCAUGUCGCCCCUGAUGUGGAUCAAGGGAAUGAGAUGGACGACUUGGAGUGGAUAG